AUGGCGUCUGCGAUCUUCUUCCUCGACUUGAAGGGCAAGACUCUUCUUGCUCGCAAUUAUCGUGGUGAUAUUCCCAUGUCUGCUGUGGAGAAAUUCCCAAUCCUUCUUUCCGAAGCCGAGGAAGAGUCUUCUGCAGUCCCGCCAUGUUUCUCUGAUGAGGGCAUCAAUUACCUCUACAUCCGCCACAACAAUCUCUACCUCCUCGCCCUGACCAAGCGCAACACCAAUGCGGCAGAGAUUCUGUUGUUCCUCCACAAGAUCGUCGAGGUCUUUACUGAGUACUUCAAAGAGCUGGAAGAGGAGUCAAUCCGAGACAAUUUCGUCGUCAUCUAUGAACUGCUUGACGAAAUGAUGGACUUUGGAUACCCUCAAACCACCGAGUCCAAGAUCCUCCAGGAAUACAUCACUCAAGAAUCCCACAAGCUGGAAGUGCAGGCACGCCCUCCCAUUGCUGUCACCAACGCCGUCUCUUGGAGAAGCGAAGGUAUCAGAUAUCGCAAGAAUGAGGUGUUCCUCGACGUGAUUGAGUCUCUCAACCUCCUGGUGUCAUCCACUGGCAACGUCCUGCGAUCGGAGAUUCUGGGUGCGAUCAAGAUGAAGUGUUAUCUUUCCGGCAUGCCAGAACUUCGCCUUGGCUUGAAUGAUAAGGUCAUGUUCGAGACCACUGGAAGAUCUACGCGUGGCAAGGCUGUCGAAAUGGAAGAUGUCAAGUUCCACCAGUGUGUGAGAUUGUCCCGCUUCGAGAACGACCGUACCAUCAGCUUCAUUCCUCCGGAUGGGGAAUUUGAGCUGAUGAGUUAUCGACUCAAUACAGCAGUGAAGCCACUGAUCUGGGUUGAGUGCGUUGUGGAAUCCCAUUCUGGUUCAAGGAUCGAAUACAUGUUGAAAGCCAAAGCCCAGUUCAAGCGACGAUCGACUGCCAACAACGUCGAGAUCAGCAUCCCUGUCCCUGAUGAUGCCGAUACCCCAAGAUUUCGAACCAACAUCGGUUCUGUGCACUAUGCACCGGAGAAAUCUGCAAUUGUCUGGAAGAUCAAACAGUUCGGUGGCGGCAAAGAAUUCCUCAUGCGGGCGGAACUAGGCCUUCCCAGUGUCAAGGGAGAUGACGAGCGUGGUGGCGGCAUGACCGGCGGUUUUGGUGGCAGUAUGGGCGGCAUUUCAGGAGAAGGAAAGGCCAAGAGACCCAUCAACGUCAAGUUUGAGAUUCCCUACUUCACCACCAGUGGUAUUCAGGUGCGAUACUUGAAGAUUAUUGAGCCCAAGUUGCAAUAUCCUUCCCUGCCGUGGGUCCGAUACAUCACACAGUCCGGAGACAUCGCAGUCCGCUUGCCUGAUGUGCAGGCGGGUUGA